AUGGAAAAACUGUACCGAUUGUAUCAAGACUACAUGGACAGAAAGGGCCAGCCAUUAGACAACGAAACGCCUGUUGAAACAACGCCAAAUGAUGAAACAGAGAAGGAACCCGAGACUGAGGCAAAGGACGUGGAAGAAGAGAAAGAAGCCUUCAGAGAUGAAGAGGAUGUGGAUUCUUUGUUAGAUGCUAAGAAAGGUGAAGUUGACGAAGAUGAGAAUGAUGAAGAUCAGGAGGGAAAGGAUGAGAUGAAUGAUCUAGAUGAUGAAGAAGAUGAUGUUGACGAUAAAGAUGAUGAUGACGAUAAAGAUGAUGAUAAAGGGUUAGAUGAUGAGGAAGAUGAUGUUGAUGAUAAAGAUGAUAAUGAAGAGUUAGAUGAUGAUGAAGAAGAUGAUGAUGAUGAUAAUGUAGGGCAAGAUGAUGAAGAAGACGAUGAUGAUGAUGAUAAUGAAGAAGAAAAAGAAGAAGAAGAAGAUAAUGAUGAUGAUGAAGAUGAUGAUGAUGAUGAUGAUAAUCCUGAUGCAAAAGAAGAUGAACCAAAAUUGGAAACAAACGAGGAUGAAGAGAAACUUGCAAAUGAUGAAAUGGAAAAGGAAUAUGAAGAAUAUAGAAGAAAAAUGGAAGAAAUGAAAAAUGAUGAGGGACUUGAUGAGGUGGAAGAAAAGCCAGAUAUUGAAGAUGUAUAUAAAGAUGAUGAAGACGACGAAGAUUUCAAAGAUGAGGAUGAUGAUGAAGAAGAGGAUAAUGAAGAGAAAGAAGACGACGAAAAAGAUGAAGAGGAAGAAUUGAAAGAAUUAGAGAAGGAUGAAGAAUCGAACGAGGAUGAAGAAAAGCCUGAGAUCAAACCUGAGGAAAUAUCUGAGGAUGAAGAAUUAGAUAACGAGACGGAACCAAAAGAGACCGUCGAAGAUGACGAGGAGGAUAAAGAAGAAGAUUUUGAGCCAAUGCCUGAGGAGGAGAUGGAUGAAGAGGGAUACGAUCCUGAUGUUAAAGAUCUUUUUGAAGAAGAAAAGUGAAUUUAGAAUUGGAAGACGUUCCAAAAUACAGCAUCUGCUAUUUACUUCACGUAUAAUUCAUAUAGAAUAAUGUAGUCCUGUAGAAAACAUAUAGAGAACAUUGUGUACUUUCAUCUUCUGGUUAUAAUAUAAUUGUUCACACUUUUGUAAA